GCUUGGGUACCAAUGGAUGGUACAUAGACAUUGAAGAUGCGGAUCCAACGUGUCCCAGAAUGUGCAAGAAGUCAAUGAAACAAAAUGUCAGAUAGAGCUUCAGUACAUUGAUAAACAAGAUUGGCAUCGGAUCAAAGGUACUCACAUGGUCACUUUGUCCCUUGGUCCCAUAGUCCCAUGAUCCCUUGGUCCCUUGGACCCAUGGUCACUUGGUCCCAUGGUCACAGAGCCCUUACCAAAGGAGAAAGAUGAAGAGUCAGAAGCAGCAACACAUGUCGAGGGGACCCUUGAUGAGGGAGAAGAUUCUGGAGGGAAGGAUGAUGAGGAGGAAGAUGAAUCUGAAGAAGAAAGUGACAACGAUGGUGGCGGGAACGCAGAAACAGCAACACAUGUCGAGGGGACCCUUGAUAAGGGAGAAGGUUCUGGAGGGAAGAAUGAUGAGGAUGAGGACGAAUCUGAAGAAGAUAGUGACAACGAUGAUGGCGGGAACGCAGAAACAUCAACACAUGUCGAGGGGACCCUUGAUAAGGGAGAAGGUUCUGGAGGGAAGAAUGAUAAGGACGAGGACGAAUCUGAAGAAGAUAGUGACAACGAUGAUGGCAAGGAUGACGACGACAACGAUGAAAAGAAUGAUGAAGAGGCAGACAAAGAAUCCUCUGCUCCAUCCGUGAGGAUGAAGAUGAGUCUGCUGACGAUGAAGAUAAAUCUGAUGGGGCAGACAAAUCUAAUGAAGCAAUGGAAGUUGUUGAAACCAAUGUAACUGAAGGUCCUAAUGCCACUGAACUGCCAUCUGAAGGUCAAACUCCCUUGAAAGAACUUGUACCUGAAUCUUCUGAUGCAACUUUGAUGACAAGAAAUAAAAGGAAAGUUGUUGAUGGACCCUCCAAAAGAAGCCCCUUCGUAGAACCAGUCUCAAGUGGUCCACCGGCGAAAAGC